AUGUUCUUCCAAACGCUAGGAGGUGCCCUAUUCAUUGCUGUUGCCCAAUCUGUGUUCCAGAAUCGGUUGAUCGGUGGAAUUGUGGAAUUUGCGCCCGACGUGAACCCCAAGGCUAUCGUCGGAGCAGGUGCUACUGAAACGCGCGAUAUCUUGAGUCAAUUGGGCCAGCUAAACCAGCUGGAAAAUGUUAUCAAGGCCUAUAUGAGCGGACUACGAAAUACUUUCCGUGUCAGUCUUGCGUUGGCUGUGGUGGCCUUUGUGGCAACUCUGUUUUUGGAAUGGAAGAGUGUGAAGAAGGGGGGUAAUAAGGACGAAGCCGCUGUCCCUGUCGUGUGA